AGAAAAAAAGAAGCAGAUUAGAUUUAAUGAGAAAAGAAAAAUGACAGGUGCGUGGAAAUGAGGAGAACAGAGACGUGGCUACGUAACAAGGAGAUUAUAACCCCCUCGUAAGAUGACGACACGUGUACGGUGGAGACACCCCCCCCUCUCUCCUCCCCGUCCGUUAUAAAUUAGGCCGUUGGCUCCCCCCUAUAAGCUCGUGCACAGCUUUCUCAUUGAUCGUCAUCCGGUUAAUUCAUUGCUCUCGAUUUCCAAUUCUCUCUCCUCUCUUUCUCUAUAUCAACUUUCUCGCUCUAGAAAAAUGUCUUGCUGCGGAGGAAACUGUGGCUGCGGGUCUGGCUGCAAGUGCGGCAGCGGCUGCGGAGGAUGCAACAUGUACCCUGACAUGAGCUUCGAGGGAUCAUCUACAACUGAGACCCUCAUUGUUGGCGUUGCUCCUCAGAAGACAUACUUCGAGGGAUCUGAGAUGGGAGCGGCAGCAGAGAACGGCUGCAAGUGCGGAUCCAACUGCCAAUGCGAUCCUUGCACCUGCAAAUGAAACCGGUUCGCAUCUAACCAGCACAAGCAGAGAUCUGGGUCCUUUCCUCUCAUCAACAAUAAUACAUGCUAGUUUAUGGGUCUCUGUCUCUGUCUCUCUGCGUGUGUGUGUGUUUGUGGGUAAGGGAGCUUUAAAGUAGCUCUUUUUUAUGUUUUGGAAAAUAAAGUUUGUCAUGGUUUUCAUGGUGACUUUGGUGGUCUUGUGGUUGUGUUUGUGUAAAGUUUUUAAGUAACUUUGAUGAGAGAAGGUCUCUGCUUGUUCUAUGUAUGUUAGGAGUUUGAAUUUCUGAAUGAGAACUCCUCUACUAGCUAUUUGAUAAA